CUGCGCGGCACUUUGAUGGCUUCUUUGCGGCGCGUCAAGGUGCUGCUGGCGCUCAACGUGCUGGCGGCCGCCGGCUUCGUGCUCUUCCUCGCCAAGUGCCGGCCCGUGGCCCCGCGCGGCGCCGAGGCCGCCCGCGAUGCGCGCCCGCGCGCCGCGCCGGCCAACGCGAGCGCCCGCGCCGCCCACGGCUCCGUCCAGGACGCGGUGCUGAAGCGGCUCUCGCUCCUCGAGGACAUCGUGUACCGGCAGCUCAACGGUUUGUCUAAGUCGCUUGGUCUCAUUGAGGGCUAUGGUGGACGUGGCAAAGGAGGCCUUCCAGCCACCCUGUCCCCUGAUGAGGAAGAAAGAGCUAAGGGACCGCAUGAGAAAUAUGGCUACAAUUCCUACCUCAGUGAGAAAAUAUCACUGGAUCGUUCCAUCCCAGAUUAUCGUCCAACCAAGUGCAAAGAGCUGAAGUAUGCCAAGGACCUCCCCCAGAUCUCCAUCAUCUUCAUCUUUGUGAAUGAGGCGCUGUCGGUUAUCCUGCGAUCGGUGCACAGCGCUGUGAAUCACACACCCGCUCACCUCCUGAAGGAGAUCAUCCUUGUGGAUGACAACAGCGAUGAAGAUGAGCUGAAGGCGCCCUUGGAAGAAUAUGUGAAUAAACGGUACCCGGGACUGGUGAAGGUGGUACGCAACCAGAAGAGGGAAGGCCUCAUCCGAGCUCGUAUCGAAGGCUGGAAAGCUGCCACUGGCCAGAUCACUGGAUUCUUUGAUGCCCAUGUGGAGUUCACUGCUGGCUGGGCUGAGCCGGUGCUCUCGCGCAUUCAGGAGAACCGCCGCAGGGUCAUUCUCCCCUCCAUAGACAACAUCAAGCAGGACAACUUCGAGGUGCAGCGCUACGAGAACUCGGCCCACGGGUACAGCUGGGAGCUGUGGUGCAUGUACAUCAGCCCGCCCAAGGACUGGUGGGACGCCGGCGACCCCUCGCUGCCCAUCAGGACGCCAGCGAUGAUCGGCUGCUCGUUUGUGGUGCACAGGAAGUUCUUUGGAGAGAUUGGACUUCUUGAUCCGGGGAUGGACGUGUACGGAGGAGAGAACAUAGAGCUGGGUAUCAAGGUGUGGCUGUGCGGGGGCAGCAUGGAGGUGCUGCCCUGUUCCAGGGUGGCUCACAUCGAGCGCAAGAAGAAGCCCUACAACAACAACAUCGGUUUCUACACCAAGCGCAACGCCCUGCGAGUUGCUGAGGUCUGGAUGGACGAUUACAAAUCGCACGUCUACAUCGCGUGGAACCUGCCGCUGGAGAAUCCAGGUAUUGACAUUGGGGAUGUCUCUGAGAGAAAAGCAUUAAGGAAGAGCUUAAAGUGCAAAAACUUCCAGUGGUAUCUGGACCAUGUUUAUCCAGAAAUGAGGAGAUACAACAACACCAUUGCUUACGGCGAGCUUCGAAACAACAAGGCAAAAGAUGUGUGUCUUGACCAGGGCCCCCAGGAGAACCACACCGCGAUACUGUAUCCAUGCCAUGGCUGGGGACCUCAGCUUGCACGUUACACCAAGGAGGGGUUCCUUCAUCUUGGUGCCCUCGGGACCACAACUCUUCUACCCGAUACCCGCUGCCUGGUGGAUAAUGUGAAAAGUCGUUUCCCUCAGCUCCUCGAUUGCGAAAAGGUCAAGAGCAGUCUCCAUAAGCGCUGGAAUUUCAUACAGAAUGGUGCCAUCUUGAACAAGGGAACGGGACGCUGCUUGGAAGUGGAGAACAGAGGAAUGGCCGGCAUCGAUCUCAUUCUUCGUAGCUGCACGGGACAAAGAUGGACCAUUAAAAAUUUCAUCAAGUAAAGGGAGGAAGUUUCUCUUUGAAACACAGCUGACUUGGACUGCUGAGAAUGGACUCCUCUGGAAARGAAGAAGUAUCAAAACAGAGCUUUAUUCAUGUUAUUAGGAGAGGACAUGGGGAAAAUGGGCAUUUGUGUCUUUUUAUUUUUAUUGUAUAUUAGUCUCCCACAGCUGAUUCCAACUGAGUGAAAUUGGGUCAGAACUGCUAUUUUCUUCUAGCAAGCACUCUAAAAGGUAUCAGUUAUUUCCACUGGAAUGACUGUAAUAAGCUCGGGCAGUCUUGUGAUCAUUUUACUGACAGGGAACGCUCACAUUCCCAGAGGACUUGGAGCUCUUACARAGGGCCAGGUAGGUUUACACCAUGGUCACAGUAGGAGACCUUGGACCUACCUGCCUGGCAAGUGAGAACACGUGUGGGCUUGUGCAAGGAAAGGUCACCCAGCUCCAACGUGAGCCUGCAUUCAAAUGACUUGGUGUUCUGCUAGUCCUCUCUUUCUGUCCUCUUUGUUACUGCUGCUACCACCAGCCCCUUCCUUGAUUUUUGGAGUUGCCUCUUCUAACUCAAAGCCCUCAAAGAUCCCUCUGUAGCUCCCAUGGGGUUUGUUUGUUUGUUUGUUUGUUUCCCCACCCUUAGUCCUGGACAUCAUUACACAAAAUCAUACAGAAUUAAAAUACUGAUCUCGUUUUGCCUCCUUCCCGACACACACUUGCUGCUGUUGACCAAGCCAGCCCCAUGAAGUGUGGGUCCUGCUCCCCCAUGGACUGUCCUGAAAAGGUCCCCCUUGCUGAAGACCUUGGAUGUUGUCACGUAGGCUGUUGCCCUCUGGCUCAGGCUGUGGCCCGCUGCCCGUUUUGGGAUUGGUCCACUAGCCUGGAGUCUAGGAGGUCUAGCACGAUGUUUCCUGCCCAUUGGUGACCCAACAGUUGGUCACUUGUUCCUCUGGGAGCCAGGUGAGCUGCAGAACUGCCUUGCUCUCCCAGCUGAGCAGCUGGUCUAGGAAUGGCCUUUUAGUGACCCAUCUUUAUGGUUUUGUUUUUUUUUCCUAAAACUGAGGAUGGAUGUACUAGCAUGGAACAUCCUGAGGAGAGGUAACACGAAAGGCUCAGGCUUCCCUCCUAUGGAGGCUGUAGGAUUUGUUUUCAAAGAAUCAUCGCUCUAAAUGAAGACAUUCGUAGUAAUAGUAAUAGUCUCCUUGCUUUUGUGGUGAUGUAAUUCUCCUCCUGAGAGACCUGUCCUGCCGGUCAGCCAAGGCCCAUGCCAAAAAAAGGUUUAUUUCUGCAGUCUUUCUGAGGGAUGGGGAAAUAAAGGAAGGGAGAUGAAGAGACUAACAGACCAGUUUGGCAGAAAUUCUUGRCCUUGCAGUUGCUUGAGGUUUAACUCUCCAUCAACGUGGUGGUGGUGGUGGUCUCACCUGCUUUUUCUGGUCCACAGGAAUCUACCCAGCCACCAUGGGAGACCAUUGGCUGACUGAGAAUGGGAAACAUGGUCGUGCACCUUGUUGUUUUACGUGGAUGCUAGACUAGUCCACAGCAGGCUUCAUUCUUUGGAGGGGAGAAGCUAGCCCAUCUCCUGUCCUUCUCAUGGAAUAAUACUUUUUCUGGUUGCCCUCUGGCUAGGGUGCACUAAAAUAUGUUAAUAUAUGAGAGGUAUGUGUAAAUAUGAUUCCCAAAGAGGGGAUGUGCAGAGUUGUUUGCUGCAGAGCACUCAUGCCUGUCUUCCAUUUGCAUCAGGAUGAAGCUACCUUGAUGUUUAAUAAGUUUAAUUUUCAAUGCCAUGCAGCAGAUUUAUAACUGAUGUUUUAGUAAUUUAUUGAACAGAAGCAGAUAUAUUUCAUUGUUCCUUCUACAGCAAUGAGCAUCUGAGCAUCACGCAGGACCGAUCGUUCACUUCUGCUUGACAAGACUUCCUCAUCCAUCGGAGUGGUUUCUGAUUUUAUUUUUUCCUUGCCUUCCUUAAUGAAGUAAAACUUAGUUGUCCUGGAUUGCAAAGUAGGGAGUCAAUGUGAAAUUUCGCUCUCUUACUCGCUGUUGCAUCAUCUCUUGUGUAAUAAAUUU